UUUAUUUUUUACAAAAAAAAAAAUAAAAUAAAUCUAAAAGCGUGUUCUGGGUUUGGCUGGGGCAACAUUCCUUUCCACCACGUCCACGAACACCAAACAUUCUCACCUUCCCAAUUUACAGAAAAUCCAACAUCCCAAAAAUCACAAUUAGAAACCCUAAUUGUAAUCAAAACAUGCAAACCCCUAAUUUCUCCCUUUCCUUCUCACUUUAACAUUCCACUUUCUUCAAUGGCACCCAAAUAAUUCUUCAACUUGUUUCCCCAUUUGACCGAUACAGAGAAUUUCACCCAAAUUUCAAAUGGGUGCGUCGCUCUCCAAUUUAACAGAGGGUGGCAUUAAUGGGGCAUCGAAAAAUGGUCCUGGGCUUGGUGAUAUACCGGAGGCAUGUGUAGCUUGUGUUUUUCUUUACCUUACUCCGCCAGAGAUAUGCAAUCUUGCACGCCUUAAUCGUGCAUUUCGUGGUGCUGCUUCGUCGGAUGGUGUUUGGGAAACUAAGUUACCCCCUAAUUACCAAGAUCUGCUUCAACUUUUACCUCCUGAACGGUACCAGGAUCUUACUAAGAAAGACAUUUUCGCUCUUUUGGCAAGAUCUGUCUCGUUUGAUGAUGACAGCAAGCAAGUGUGGGUGGAUAAAAUGACAGGUAGGGUGUGCUUUUCCAUCUCGGCUAAAGCAAUGGAGAUCACUGGGAUUGAAGAUAGGAGAUAUUGGACUUGGAUGCCGACUGAAGAAUCCAGGUUCCAGGUGGUGGCUUAUUUGCAGCAAAUAUGGUGGUUUGAGGUUGAUGGUGCUGUAAUGCUUCCUCUUCCUCCUGAUAUCUACACUGUUUCCUUUCGGCUACAUCUGGGGAAGUUCUCCAAGGGCAUGAGGCGUCGUGUGACUAACUUUGAACACACACAUGGGUGGGAUAUAAAGCCAGUCCGAUUCGAAUUUACGACUUCGGAUAAUCAGCAUUCAAGUACCGAGUGUUGUUUGGAUGAUACAGAGCCGGAUGAUGUAAAAGAAAGCCUUAAGCGUGGCUGUUGGAUAGAGUACAACGUGGGUGAAUUUAUUGUGACAGAUUCAGAGACAACAACUGAAGUCAAAUUCUCCAUGAAACAGAUUGAUUGCACACAUUCCAAAGGCGGGCUCUGUGUAGAUUCGGUUUCUAUAAUUCCUAGUGAUCUAAGAAAGCGAAGAAGACGAUUGGUUUCAAAUUAGCCGUAGAAUCGACAAUCAUCAUCAUCAUAUCUAAUAAUAUAGUAAAGCUAUUAGCUGUUUGGAACAUCACGGCAAAGCAGCAAAGGUUCAUGAUGCCGCCUAUACUAGAAUAACUGUGGCGCGAGAUUAAGGUAUACCGUCUUUUUAUGGUUCUGUAAUAUUCAUUGAAGUAGGUCAUUCAGUUUUGCUUUAUUUCACCUACCAAUUGGAGACAUAGGGAAUAUAUACUUUUUUUUUCUCUUCACUGAUAUUUGUUGAUGAGCUUGUGAUUACCUUAGUUUUGCUGUGAUAUGCAUUUUGGGAAUGUAAAUUGUUGCAUUUGUUUUAUUGAUCACCAAAUUUUUUAUUUUGUUUCCGUGAACGAUUUCGAUGACUACAAAUUUUCAAAGACUGAUUUGGAAGCUUUGUGCUCGACUAUUCUUUAUCGACGCAGCUACUUGUACGUUCUAUGAUAUCUGCUCGUUUUUGUGUAUGUCUAACAUGUAUGAUAACGAUUUGAAGGGCACCCUGUUUUUUCUUAAUAUCUUUUUCCUUUUAAGUUGAUUUUUUUAUAAGCUUCCGGGAAAUCACUCAUUCACUAUACUUCUCUGUUUCCUUAAAUUGCGCUACAUUACAAAAAUUAAAGUAAUAAAUUUAUAUAAUAUAGAAAAUUUGAAAGGACAUAGAUAUUAGAUACCACCCUCUCAAGUUUCAUUGUUCAAUGUUUAAGCUUACUGCUAGUUUGUUAGAAGUAUAUUUAGCCGAGCUGU